AGUCCCAUUCAGGGAAGCAGCCCGGCGGCCAGGAGGUAGCUCAGCACAGAGCGAGCUCCCUGGGAAGCCUCCGGGUGAUAGGGGUGCUCCAGCCGCAGCGCUCUGGGGGUUCGGAGGGGGAUCUUGAGUGAACAAAUGAAUGAACUGCUUUCUGGGCAAACAGCCACAGCCAGAAGAACCUGUGAUUUGGAGAAAGAAGCCAGAGUGUGCAAGUCUCCCCAACAGCCUCCAGUGGCCUGCAGUCACAGGGAACCCUCAGGAAGACCUUCCGGGCAGAGACCAGAGGGAAGGUGUUUCUAGCUGUGUACUGGGACUGAUUGGCUGAGGACUCACAUUGGAGAGCUGCACACAACACAACAGUGAAUGAGAAUGGAGGAUGAAGAUUACAACACUUCCAUCAGUUAUGGUGAUGAAUACCCUGAUUAUUUAGACUCCAUUGUGGUUUUGGAGGAGUUAUCCCCCUUGGAAGCCAGGGUGACCAGGAUCUUCCUGGUGGUGGUCUACAGCAUCGUCUGCUUCCUCGGGAUUCUGGGCAAUGGUCUGGUGAUCAUCAUUGCCACCUUCAAGAUGAAGAAGACGGUGAACACAGUCUGGUUCCUCAACCUGGCAGUGGCAGAUUUCCUGUUCAAUGUCUUCCUCCCAAUCCAUAUCACCUAUGCCGCCAUGGACUACCACUGGGUUUUUGGGACAGCCAUGUGCAAGAUCAGCAACUUCCUUCUCAUCCACAACAUGUUCACCAGUGUCUUCCUGCUGACGGUCAUCAGCUUCGACCGCUGCAUCUCUGUGCUCCUCCCUGUCUGGUCCCAGAAUCACCGCAGUGUUCGCCUGGCUUACAUGGCUUGCAUGGUCAUCUGGGUCCUGGCUUUCUUCUUGAGUUCCCCAUCUCUCGUCUUCCGGGACACGGCCAACCUGCAUGGGAAAAUAUCCUGCUUCAACAACUUCAGCCUGUCCACACCUGGGUCUUCCUCGUGGCCCGCUCACUCCCAAAUGGACCCUGUGGGGUAUAGCCGGCACAUGGUGGUGACUGUCACCCGCUUCCUCUGCGGCUUCCUGGUCCCAGUCCUUAUCAUCACAGCUUGCUACCUCACCAUUGUCUGCAAACUGCAGCGCAACCGCCUGGCCAAGACCAAGAAGCCCUUCAAGAUUAUCGUGACCAUCAUCAUUACCUUCUUCUUCUGCUGGUGCCCCUACCACACACUCAACCUCCUAGAGCUCCACCACACUGCCAUGCCUGGCUCUGUCUUCAGCCUGGGUUUGCCGCUGGCCACUGCCCUCGCCAUUGCCAACAGCUGCAUGAACCCCAUUCUGUAUGUUUUCAUGGGUCAGGACUUCAAGAAGUUCAAGGUGGCCCUCUUCUCCCGCCUGGUCAAUGCUCUAAGUGAAGACGCAGGCCACUCUUCCUACCCCAGCCAUAGAAGCUUUACCAAGAUGUCAUCAAUGAAUGAGAGGACUUCGAUGAAUGAGAGGGAGACUAGCAUGCUUUGAGCUUCACCCGGGAACCCCUCAAUGGGCCCUCUCAACCCAGGGGCACCCAAGAAUAUAUCUUCUGAAGAUAAAGGCAAGAACCUCUUUAGCAUCUGCCAAUUCCCACUGCAUUUUGCAUGGGGAUGAACAGUGUUUUAUGCUGGGACUCAAGGGCCUGGAACCCCUUUCUCUUAGUGGACAGAACAUGCUGUGUUCCACACAGCCUUGGACUAGCAAUUUAUGCUUCUUGGGAGACCAGCCUUGACUGACUCAAAGCACAAAAGAAAGAAUUCUCAAAAGCAUUGCCAUGAACUGGGAUUGGCAUAGGGCAGUGGGAUUAAGCUGCCUACUGUAUGCACCCCAGAAAUGACACUCUCCAAGGUCCAUUCUUGCUGUGAGCAGUGGG